UUCUUCAGUGAGAACGAAACGAGAGGGGGCGUCAGUGCGAACAAAGUAAUUUUAGGGAGAGGAGUGAGAUGACAUUCGGAAAUUGAACGGAAGUAAAACACUCUGGGUUUGUAUCUUCGUGGUUUUCCGACGUAGACGAUACACCCAAACUUCAAUUACAGCCUCAAAUCAAGUCGUGGAUGUGGGGUGUAUAUUUCACCCUGGGAUUUAGCUACACGAGAAACGUUCCUGCCGUCAAAAUUUCUCUCCUCUCUUUAUUUUGUGUCUGGUGGCUGAACUGUGGAAGCUACAGAGGACAAUAUCGAUUCCACAGGAUUUGAAACAUUUGUUCUAUACUUUAUACAAAAGUACGAAGAUGUCUGGACAAAGCAUUACCGAUAGGAUAACUGCAGCUCAACACAGUGUAACCGGCUCCGCGGUGUCCAAAACUGUGUGCAAGGCGACCACACAUGAAAUUAUGGGACCAAAAAAGAAACAUUUAGAUUACUUGAUCCACUGCACCAAUGAGAUGAACGUGAACAUCCCCCAGCUGGCAGACACCUUGUUUGAAAGGACUGCCAGCACCAGCUGGGUGGUGGUCUUCAAGUCUCUCACCGCCACACACCACCUCAUGGUCUACGGCAACGAGAGAUUUAUACAGUACCUGGCUUCAAGGAAUACACUUUUUAACCUCAGUAACUUUUUGGACAAAAGUGGCCUACAAGGCUAUGACAUGUCGACGUUCAUAAGGAGGUAUAGUCGCUACCUGAACGAGAAGGCUGUAUCGUAUCGACAGGUCGCUUUUGACUUCACCAAAGUAAAACGAGGGGCGGAUGGCGUUAUGAGAACCAUGAACACAGAGAAGUUACUGAAGACCCUACCCAUUAUCCAAAACCAGAUGGAUGCACUACUUGAUUUCAAUGUCAAUGCAAAUGAGCUCACCAACGGAGUGAUAAACGCGGCCUUCAUGCUUCUGUUCAAAGAUGCCAUUCGACUGUUUGCGGCCUACAACGAAGGCAUUAUUAACCUGUUGGAGAAGUACUUUGACAUGAAGAAAACUCAAUGCAAAGAGGGCCUUGACAUCUACAAGAAGUUCCUCACUAGAAUGACAAGAAUCUCUGAAUUCCUUAAAGUAGCGGCGCAAGUAGGGAUAGAUCGAGGGGACAUCCCAGACCUCUCCCAGGCCCCCAGUAGCCUCUUGGAUGCCUUAGAGCAGCAUUUGGCUUCUUUAGAAGGGAAGAAGGUGAAAGAUUCCACAGCAGCCAGCAGGGCUAGCACUCUCUCCAACGCUGUCUCUUCUCUAGCCAACACGGGCAUAUCUUUCACCAAAGUGGACGAGAGGGAAAAGCAGGCAGCACUGGAGGAAGAGCAGGCUCGCCUAAAAGCGCUGAAGGAGCAGCGUCUGAAGGAACUCCAGAACGGUCAUUCUUCCUAUGCCACCACGGCUGCCUCCCCUGUGUCCACUGACGGGCGGACCAUCAACACAGCACCGGCCAUCGACCUUUUCUCCACACCCAGCUCCACAAACUGCACUUCCAAGGCGGCGAGUGACCUUCUGGACUUGCAGCCUGCAUUUCAGCAGCAGGCACUGCUACUCUCCACUGGCCUACCAACAGCCAACACAUGGGGAGAUCAUUACAAUCCCUUUAUUGUUUCGAGCUCUUCCAUUGCAUCUGAUCAUGAGCACACAGUGCGGAUAGAGCAGUUUAUCUCAGACUCUUUCUGUGGGCCAGCAUCAUACCCUACCACUCCUCUCUUCCAGUCUGAGCCCUCUGCUGUUGCUGGUCUAUUUGGAGGAUUCUCAGUGUCUUCCACCACGCAGCCCCAGACCGCCAGAGGCCUUAACGUCAACUUUGACUCUGUGUUUGGCAAUAACUCAGCCUCCGCCAACAAUGUUGACUCUGCUGGUGGUGUCCUCAAACCCACAGUGGCCUCCUCGCCCAGCCAGGGGCUAAUCCCAAACGGGCAGCAGCUUGGGAAACUGGUGUCGGAUGACCUGGACUCGUCCUUGGCCAACCUUGUGGGCAAUUUGGGAAUUUGCAAUGGUGUGGCAAAAAAUGAUAUUCAUUGGAGUCAGCCUGGUGAGAAAAAGUUGACAGGUGGAUACAAUUGGCAACCAAAGAGUGCUCCCUCUACCACAUGGAACCCUGCCACCAUGAACGGCAUUCAUUUCCCACAAUACGCACCAUCUGUCAUGGCCUUCCCUGCAACGACGCCGACGGGAAUGAUGGCAUAUGGAAUGCCUCCCCAGAUGGGUUCCAUGGCCAUGAUAAACCAACCCACCAUGAUGUACAGCCAACCGGUUGUGAGGCCGGCCAACCCCUUUGGCCCGGCCCCAGGAGCACAGUCCUCGGCAGCUUCUAGUCCCUCCAGUCAGAGUCCUCUCAGAGCGCCAGGAAAGGACCCUUUUGCACAGCUCUCUCUCAAGGAUUUCUUGUAGUACAUCUUUAGAUGCAGUUCAUGUAACCUGAAAGGGAGGCUUUUGUCCUCUGAAGGCAAACCAAGAAGCAGCUAAACUUUCACUUUCAAGUAAAAUUCUGUUUUUACUCAUCGUUGAGAAUAUCAGCCCAAAUAAGAAAGGACUUGAAGGAAUCAAGGGGAGGAAGCCAUGUCCAAGACGUGUCAAGUAUACGUAGGACAAGGAUCCCAUUUUGUAAUUUGUCUUAUGAGAAAAAGUGUGUGACCCCUCUACAGGGAUCACUCAUCCCAUUUGUCUUCUGUAAAAGAUAAACAUGGGUGUGGAAAGGGAGAUAAUUUGACUUUGCUGUUAUGUAUAAAAAAUAGUGGGUUAUCACACACAGCUUGAUGUUAUUGGGGUGAGGAUGUGGAUUCAAGUGGGACGAGUGGAAAAAUUGCUUGAUCUGAUCAUCAAUCGUGCAUUAUCUAAUUUAACCAUCACUGAUUAGUAACGCUAACCUGUUUUAUACCAUGAUUUCAAUAUUCUUUCUUUAAAAAAAGUUAUAUUACAUUUGCAGUAGACAUUCCUUGUGUAUUGUUAGUAUUUAUUUAUAAUUACCCAUGGAGGAAAUGGGGUGGGUGGGUGGGGGGAUGAUAAUAAUGUCAUUGAACUCUUCCUUGUGGGAGGUAUUCAGGUUUAUACAUGGUUAUGAUUGAUUGUAUGAUUGGAGUUUGAGAGUGACAGAGUAAAAAAUAGUUAAUAUAAAGAUGAAAAAAAUGUAACUGACUGUCAACAGACAGUUUAGCUCUAAUCACUGAACUGGCAUAAUGUCAAGCACAGUUCUUUGUGGCUCAAAGUUACAACCCUCCAUGUGUAAGGGGUGAUAUGGACGUCAAACAAGGGUAUUCAUUCAAUACAGUCAAUUCUGUGAGCUAGGGUCUUUUUUCUUUUUUUGCAAGGGAACAUUUUCACGCACUAGCAAAGCACUACAUUUGUGAUUCGGCGGCAUUGCAUUGAGGUGGAUCCGCAUUUAUGCUUUACGCUUGGCAUGUCGUUUAUUUUACAAGGCUGCCUUUCCAACCUGAAUGUGCAGUGUUUCCUUCAGGCUCGGGGCCAUCUUUACAUAGACCAGCACUGGGAUAGGGGGAAAGAGGGAGGUGAUCUUCACAGGAGGCAGGGGGAAAAGCUGUGAUUGUGUCACUGGGAGGUCAGCUCUGUGUAAGUGGCAGACCUGGGUUCAACUACUAUUGGACAUCUUUUAAAUACUUUGUUUGCUUUAGCCUGUCUAGAGUGCCAGAUAUGCUGUGUUAGCAGUUUUGGGAUGAUUCAAUUGGUCCAUUAAGCCAGACGAGCUCAAUCAAGCACAGAAAGUGUGAAAUUAGUAUUUGAUCCCAUGUCUGGUAAGUGGGCAGAAGGGUCCAGUUAAGCAGGGAGAAAUGGAACACUGUUGAUCGGUGCUUUGUGUGUGUGUAUAUAGAAGGGAGCCUAUCCCAUGAUGGAAAGGAUAUGUGCAGGAUGGUCAGAACCUGAAGGUUAUUCUAUUCAUCAAAUAUUUACUGCAUUGUCCUUGCAGAGUAUAUUUUUGUUUAUAUUAAAUAUAAAUAAAUUGAUGUAUGCAGACUUUUGGUUGAUUUUUCCAAUAAAGUGCAGUUUCCAGUGGGUUUUAUUUAAAAAAAAUGUAAAACAUCUUCACAUAGUA